UUAACAGGCCCAGGUGGCGGCUGCCUGAGCCACCUGUGGGUGCGCCAGCCACCAGGGAGAGACGGCCACAUUCCAGGCUCCAGGCUGGCAGGGAAGCUUGGCAGGGAGGCCUGAGCUCCGGCAGACAGCGCUGAGGGGCGGCUCCUCCCCACCACGGGAGGCCCGGGGCUGAGGACAUGGAAGAACAGGUGUUCAAGGGAGACCCAGACACGCCGCAUUCCAUCUCCUUCUCUGGCAGCGGGUUCCUCUCCUUCUACCAGGCUGGGGCCGUGGACGCCCUGCGGGACCUGGCCCCCCGCAUGCUGGACACGGCCCAUCGCUUCGCAGGCACGUCUGCGGGGGCUGUGAUUGCCGCGCUGGUCAUCUGUGGCAUUGAAAUGGACGAGUACCUCAGAGUCCUCAAUGUGGGUGUGGCUGAGGUGAAGAAGUCCUUCCUGGGGCCCUUGUCCCCGUCCUGCAAGAUGGUGCAGAUGAUGAGGCAGUUUCUGUACCAGGUCCUGCCUGAGGACUCCUACAAAGCCGCCAAUGGGAAGCUCCACGUGACCCUCACCCGGUUCACGGAUGGAGAGAGCGUGGUGGUUUCCGAGUACACGUCCAAGGAGGAGCUCAUAGAGGCCCUCUACUGCAGCUGCUUUGUCCCUGUCUACUGUGGCCUCAUUCCCCCAACUUACCGUGGUGUGAGGUACAUCGACGGGGGCUUCACAGGCAUGCAGCCCUGCUCCUUCUGGACUGACGCCAUCACCAUCUCCACCUUCAGCGGGCAGCAGGACAUCUGCCCCCGGGACUGCCCUGCCAUCUUCCACGACUUCCGCAUGUUCAACUGCUCCUUCCAGUUCUCCCUGGAGAACAUCACCAGGAUGACCCAUGCCCUGUUCCCCCCGGACCUGCUGAUCCUGCACAAUUACUACUACCGCGGGUACGAAGAUGCUGUUUUGUACUUGCGGCGGCUGAAUGCUGCUUACCUUAACUCUCCCUCCAAGAGAGUGAUUUUCCCCCGGGUAGAAGUGUACUGCCAGAUAGAACUUGCCCUUGGUAGUGAAUGCCCAGAAAACAGUCAGUCCAGGCUCCAAGCAGAGCAGGAUGAUAUGGAAGAAUCCACACAACUUCAUACACAGUGCACUCCCAAAAGGGAAGGAAGUGGUGGCCAUGGUCCCUCUGUGUCCCCACCUGUGCAGACAGCUGAGUCCACAUGUGAGUGGCCUGUGGAGCCACCAGUUUCACCACCUGUCUCCUCACUCUCCGCUGCCUUGCCACUGGCCUCAUCUCCAGCACAUUCACCAUCUGACUUGCCACCUGUAUCACUGCCAGCUGUGCCCAUACUACCCAGCUCACCCCCUGGGCUAUCCCCUGCGUCACCAAAGCAUCAGGUACAACCACCUGGCUCAUCACCCAGAUCCCCACCCUUGAAGUCAUCUAUGUCAUCCAGGCCAUCCAUGGGGUCUUCACUUGUGGGGGACCCUCAGAUAUCACCCCGAUGUUCUGCAGCAUCACCUGCAACACCGCCUGUGGAGGAACUGGGCCCAGAACAACCCCAAGCUCCCCUAGACUCCUCAAACCCAGAAUGCGCUGUGCCUCUGGUUAGUGCGAAGGAAACCACCAGCAAGUCUUAUGCAAUGGAAAGCCCUUCUGAAGACUCCAACUGGAUGAAAAGAAUAUUCAAGAAGAACAAACAAAAGACAAGUGGUACCCGAAAAGGUUUCCUGAGACAUCCACCAUCCAAAAAACAAAGCUGCAAAGCACAGUCUGUUCCCUGCUCACUGGAUUUCUCUCUGCUCUCCGAUUCUGAGAGAGUUUGGGUGACCUACAGGCCUCAUCCCAGCCGGAUCCAGGAAUACAGCUGCCCUGAGGAAGCUGUGAGCCCAGAAAGAAAACCCGAGCUGGAGCGAGAAAGAACCUGAAGACCCGAGGGCUGAGACUUGUCCCACAUCUCCAAUGCCUUCCCCUCACGUUAGGCUUUCAGGGAGCAGGCGUGACAAUCACAGACACCAAGCCUGUUGGUGUAGAAGGUCCUACUUUCCCAGGCGAGCACCUCCCUGUCUAAAUAUCCUCUCAGCUUCCCUGUGGUCCUUCCAGCCUUUCUGCUACCCUGCUCUGGACAGAUGGACGGACAGACACCACCACACUGAAGAGCACUGGCACAGCCUCUUUCUGGCUGCUUUCCUCCUGCCUGGGCCUGAGUUUGCUUCUUUGAGAUGAACCAGAUCAACCCUGGUUCUCCUGAGCCUAGUUCACAGGCCAAAAUUCUUGGGGGUCAGGCAGGACUGAGCCACGGACACACUUUCCUGUUACCUGAGGUGUCAAAAUACCAAAUUCUCCAUCUGUUUUGAUUUUAAUUCUCACAGUGGACUCAGGGUUUGACCUGGAGCCCCUGGCCUCUGCUCCAACCACUCGAUGGGGUCUCUGACGGAGCUGGUCUGGCAAAAGGCCUGCAGCAGAGCCUUUAAAGCAAGCAGGGAAGAUGUGAUAACCUGGUGUGGCUAUGUUGAGUGGUCCUCCCUGGGCCUCCCCAGGCCUAGGAUGGUUGUGGAGGAAAUGGGAGGCCCAAUGUCCCUACCCAUCUCUCUCCCACCCCGAGUGAGGGCAGACUGUUAUUCACAUUUCAGUGAAAAUGUUCCUCCUUCAGGGAACUUCAGCUUUAAUUAUUCCAACCUGUCCAGAAAAAAACUAAUAAUCUUUAGCCCCAUUGCUUCUCAGUGAGCAAAUGGCCUCCUGCCUGUUAGGUCUCAGAAGGAAGCCAGGCCUGCCCACAGGCCUUGGAUGCAUUUGUUUAAUAUCCUGGGAUGCAAAUCCCAGAAGACUGGGUGGAAGAAGAGUCUGAACAGGACUGGGGCCCCUUGGAGGGUGGGGCUGUGGCAAGAAACCGCCACUUAGCAGGACCACAUCAGGGAGCACAAGUCCACAUCAGUCCCCUUUAGGAGGUUCUGUCUAGAAAAACCUAAGUGUGUCUUGAGGGGGCGGGGAAGAACCAGAAUCUCGGGUGUCCUUGCACUCUCUGCUGACUCCGAUUCUGUGGUCCAGACCAGUCACAGGAGGUGCCGUAGGGGUUACGUAAUGGGGAGAUCCCUGGGGUGCCCAUCCGCCCUGACUGAGGUCUGCCUCGGGCUUCCCUUCAGGAUGGUCCUGCUGUUCACAUGUGACUCUGUGCUCAGCGCCCCUGAGAACCAGGGGAGAGAGGGUUUCAAUUUUGUGCAACUGGGACGCUUGCCCCCCAGUGUGCAAACGCGAAGUGAAAGUGAUAACUGUUGUUUUCAUUCAAAGUCUGUAUUUAGAGCCCAGAUGCUCAUGUGUCACAGUUAUGUUAUUAAAUCGCCUUGUAA